AUGCCGCCAUCCAAGGCACGGAUACAGGCCGACGACUCGAAGCACGAUGAGCCGUACAAUCCGAAAGAGAAAUCUAAAGCUUCGGGGAAUGCCACUUCUGGCCGAUCACGGAAGACGGCUGCGAACCAGGCCAAUGGCAGCUCGUUGAAGAAGGUGAUGACACCACCAGUGAAGAUACCUUUGGUCAAUGGAGCAACGGGAGAACCGGCAGAAUCUGCGGGAAUCGACUGGACGAAGGAAGAACUCGCUCUCCUCCACAGCUAUCGCGAUGCCUACAAACUCAGCACCCCAUCCGCACACCCACGAUCUCUUAGCCACAUUCACCUCAAUCAAGGCAUCGGAAAAUAUUCCCCGACCAUGUUGCGGGCGAAACCAAAGCGUGCUGUCACGAAAGACCAGCUCGCCCAGGCCGUUAGAAAACAUUUCCGGGAUAUGCCCGUCAACGAGAACGAAACGAUUGCCGAGAUGUUGUAUAAGGUGCAGAACUCAGGUUAG